CAUUUCUACAGUCUCUCGAUGGAUCCUGUCCGGCCACUGUUCAGGGGGCCCACCCCUGUCCAUCCCUCUCAGUGUGUUCGGAUGCCAGGCUGUUGGCCACAAGCCCCUAGACCUUUGGAGUCAGCCUGGGGUAGGGCAGGACCUACAGGCAGAGGCCUUGUGUUUAGAAAGCCAGAGGAAUCCAGCCCACAACUCCAGCCAGUACAAAAGGAGUCUGUGGGUUUGGUGUCCAUGUUCCGUGGCAUGGGCCUUGAUACAGCCCUCCGGACCCCUUCAAAACGAGAAGCACCUUCUUUAGGCAGAGGCGUUUUAGGUCGAGGCUUGUCUGCUAACAUGGUCCGCAAAGACAGAGAAGAACCCCGUUCCUCUUUGCCUGAUUCUUCCAUACUGGCAGCUGGGGACAGCAAGCUGGCAGAGGCUUCAGUUGGUUGGAGUAGAAUGCUGGGAAGAGGCAGUUCUGAUGUCUUGUUACCACUGGGAAGAGCAGCCAGUAGUAUAGGCAGAGGAGUGGAUAAAUCUCCCAGUGCCUUUGGCCUGACUGCUCGGGAUCCCCCACGGAUGCCACAGCCUCCAGCUCUGUCUCCGACCUCACUGCACUCUGCAGAUCCCCCUCCAGUCCUGACUAUGGAACGAAAGGAAAAAGAGCUUUUGGUCAAGCAAGGAUCAAAAGGAACCCCUCAGUCUUUAGGACUGAACCUCAUCAAAAUCCAGUGUCAUAAUGAAGCAGUGUAUCAGUAUCAUGUGACUUUCAGCCCCAAUGUGGAGUGCAAAAGCAUGAGGUUUGGCAUGUUGAAGGACCACCAAGCUGUCACAGGAAACGUCACUGCGUUUGAUGGGUCUAUUCUCUAUCUUCCUGUUAAGCUUCAACAAGUUGUUGAGUUAAAAAGCCAGAGGAAAACUGAUGACGCCGAGAUCAACAUCAAGAUCGAGCUGACGAAGAUUCUCGAGCCCUGCUCUGACUUGUGCAUCCCCUUCUACAAUGUUGUUUUCCGACGGGUAAUGAAGCUUUUGGACAUGAAGCUUGUGGGGAGAAACUUCUACGACCCUACAAGUGCCAUGGUACUACAGCAACACAGAUUGCAGAUCUGGCCAGGCUAUGCAGCUAGCAUCCGGAGGACAGAUGGAGGUCUCUUCCUGCUCGCUGAUGUCUCUCAUAAAGUCAUUCGGAAUGACUCUGUGCUGGAUGUCAUGCAUGCUAUCUACCAGCAGAACAAGGAGCACUUCCAGGACGAGUGUAGCAAGCUGCUGGUCGGCAGCAUCGUCAUCACACGCUACAACAACCGUACCUACCGCAUUGACGAUGUGGACUGGAACAAGACCCCCAAAGACAGCUUUGUGAUGUCAGAUGGGAAGGAGAUCACAUUCCUAGAGUACUACAGCAAGAACUACGGGAUCACAGUUAAGGAAGAUGACCAGCCGCUGCUCAUCCACAGGCCCAGCGAGAGGCAGAACAGCCACGGCACGCUGCUGAAGGGUGAGAUCCUGCUGUUGCCUGAGCUCUCCUUCAUGACGGGCAUCCCUGAGAAGAUGAAGAAGGACUUCAGGGCCAUGAAGGACUUGACUCAGCAGAUUAACCUGAGCCCUAAACAGCACCACACUGCUUUGGAAUGCCUGCUGCAGAGAAUUUCACAAAAUGAUACGGCCAACAAUGAGCUGACCCGCUGGGGGCUCAGUCUGCAAAAAGAUGUCCACAAGAUUGAAGGUCGUCUUCUACCAAUGGAGAGGAUUAACUUAAGGAAUACUUCAUUUGUCACGUCUGAGGACCUGAACUGGGUUAAGGAAGUGACCAGAGAUGCCUCCAUCCUGACUAUUCCCAUACAUUUCUGGGCACUUUUUUACCCAAAGAGAGCAAUGGACCAGGCCAGAGAACUGGUUAACAUGUUGGAGAAGAUAGCUGGCCCCAUUGGCAUCCGCAUAAGCCCCCCAGCCUGGGUUGAGCUGAAGGAUGACCGAAUAGAGACCUACAUCAGGACCAUUCAGUCCCUCCUGGGAGUUGAGGGGAAGAUACAAAUGGUCGUUUGCAUCAUCAUGGGCACACGUGAUGAUCUCUAUGGGGCCAUCAAGAAGCUGUGCUGUGUUCAGUCCCCAGUGCCCUCCCAGGUCAUCAAUGUCCGAACCAUUGGUCAACCCACCAGGCUUCGGAGUGUGGCUCAGAAAAUUUUACUGCAGAUGAACUGUAAACUGGGUGGUGAGCUCUGGGGAGUGGAUAUUCCAUUGAAACAAUUAAUGGUGAUUGGGAUGGAUGUAUACCAUGACCCCAGCAGAGGCAUGCGCUCUGUGGUUGGCUUUGUUGCCAGCAUAAAUCUCACACUCACCAAAUGGUAUUCGAGGGUGGUGUUCCAGAUGCCACAUCAGGAAAUUGUGGACAGCCUGAAGCUCUGCCUGGUGGGCUCCUUGAAAAAGUAUUAUGAGGUGAACCACUGUCUCCCAGAGAAGAUCGUGGUCUACCGAGAUGGAGUGUCUGAUGGCCAGCUAAAGACAGUUGCCAACUAUGAGAUUCCUCAGCUGCAGAAGUGCUUUGAAGCUUUUGAGAACUACCACCCCAAGAUGGUGGUGUUUGUGGUUCAGAAGAAAAUCAGCACCAAUCUGUACCUUGCCGCUCCCGAUCACUUUGUGACUCCCUCCCCUGGGACUGUGGUUGAUCAUACCAUAACCAGCUGUGAGUGGGUGGAUUUCUACCUUCUUGCCCAUCAUGUACGGCAGGGCUGUGGCAUACCUACACACUACAUCUGUGUCCUGAACACGGCAAAUCUGAGCCCUGAUCACAUGCAGAGGUUGACUUUCAAACUGUGCCACAUGUACUGGAAUUGGCCUGGUACUAUCCGAGUUCCAGCUCCUUGCAAGUAUGCCCACAAGCUAGCCUUCCUGUCUGGACAGAUUCUGCAUCAUGAACCAGCCAUCCAGCUGUGUGAGAACUUGUUCUUCCUGUAACUGGCAGCAUGGACACUGACUACAAGAAGCAGCUGGACUCCAGCUCUGCUCAUUCUCACAGAAUCAACAGCAACGGCAGUGGGGUUUUAUCUUGGC